UCACGUAGCAUGUGAAGGCAUAACACGGGUCGUUUAACAGCUCCUGUUCCCUUGUGAAUUGUGACAUCAUCUCCCAAAUUUAUAACCCCUUUGUUUCUCGUCACAAGGAGAGUGACCUGUUCCAAUUCCUAAGUCCAAGGAUGCAAGAUAUCUCCUUCUAUGGCCUUAUACUUUUCUUCUUUCUAAUAGGGGCUUCUUUGGUUUCUCCUUUAUAUGAUGGGCCCUUGUAUGACUCCACUGCCUACACUGAGUGCAAAGAGAAGCCAGAGGAGCCACUUUAUGGCGGAGGAGUUUUCAAGAGUGAGAAUCGUGGUGUUGAAGACAGCACUGCCUCCUAUGUUGUCAACAAUACCUAUGUCACUUCACUCGUUCUGUGUAAUCUCACUCACGGCUCCAUUUACUCUUUUUCCGUAUGGGUGAGAAUUAAAGAUUCAAGUGCAGCUGUGAUAAGGGCCAGACUUGAAACAGAGAAAGAGACACAUGACUGCAUUGGGACAGUUUCAGCCAAACGUGGAUGCUGGUCAUUUCUGAAGGGUGGAUUUGUUUUGGAUUCGCCUUCAAACUUAUCUAAUAUCUUCUUCCAGAGCGCGGAUGGUAAAGAUAUCGAUAUAGAUGUUGCUAGCGCGUCACUCCAGCCAUUUACUAAGCAGCAAUGGAGAAUCAAUCAACAGUAUAUAAUCAAUACUCAUAGAAAGCGUGCCGUCACUAUUCAUGUGUCAGAUAGUAAUGGAAAGAGAUUGCAAGGAGCUUCUAUCUGUGUAGAGCAAAUCGCAAAAGACUUCCCUAUUGGAUCUGCAAUAGCAAAAACCAUUAUUGGCAACUUGCUCUAUCAGAAUUGGUUUGUGAAGCGGUUCAAUGCAGCAGUAUUUGAAAAUGAGCUCAAAUGGUACGCUACAGAACCUGAUGAAGGCAAGGUCAAUUACACCAUUUCAGACCGGAUGCUGCAAUUUGUUAGAACAAACAAUAUCGUAGCCAGAGGUCACAAUAUAUUCUGGGAAGACCCUAAAUACACUCCUGCAUGGGUUCUUAACCUUACUGGCAUGCAGCUCCAAUCUGCUGUUAAUUCUCGAAUACACAGUCUCAUGAGCCAAUACAAGGAUGAGUUCAUACACUGGGACGUCAGCAAUGAAAUGCUUCAUUUUGAUUUCUAUGAGCAAAGGCUUGGACCAGAUGCCACAUUUCAUUUCUUUGAGACAGCACAUGAAUCAGAUCCAUUGGCAACACUAUUUAUGAAUGACUAUAAUGUUGUGGAAACGUGCAGCGAUGCAAAUUCCACUGUGGACGCCUAUAUAUCACGUGUAAGAGAAUUGCAACGAAAUGGAAUCUUUAUGGAUGGAAUUGGCUUGGAGGGUCACUUCACAAUACCCAAUCCUCCUCUUAUCAGAGCUAUCCUAGACAAGUUGGCAACACUUGGCCUUCCUAUUUGGCUUACUGAAGUUGAUAUAAGCAAGACACUUGAUAGAGAUGCACAGGCAAAUUAUUUGGAAGAAGUGUUGAGGGAAGGUUUCUCUCAUCCUUAUGUGAAUGGGAUAAUGCUAUGGACUGCUUUUCAUCCAAAUGGGUGUUACCAAAUGUGCCUCACAGACAAUAAUUUUAAGAACCUCCCAGCAGGUGAUAUAGUGGACAAACUUCUUGAGGAGUGGCAAUCUGGUCGUGUAGAGGGAGUCACUGAUGGGCACGGUUCCUAUAGCUUUUACGGCUUCUUAGGAGAGUAUAGAAUUAGUGUUAACUAUGAAAACAGGACCAUAAAGUCAACAUUCUCCCUCUCUCGGGGUGAAGAAACUAGACAUGUCACUAUUACAAUAUGACACUUAAAUACCAGAAACUUUAGUUUCAAAUACAAAUGCUACAAUAAUCAAAGUCGUAGAUGGCUAAA